AUGGAGAUGAAUUCUGAGAUAUGGGGCAGGCUACCAGAAGAAUUAAUAAUAAUUGUUUUAGCGAAGCUGCCCACUUUGGUGAGUGGCAAGUUCAGAGCAGUUUGUAAACAAUGGAAUUUCCUUCUCUCUCCAUCACAGUGCUUCCAAAGGAUAAUACCAUUAGUUCAUCCCUGUUCCACUUCUACUUUUCUCAUUGGCCGCCUCCAUCCUUCGCACUGGAUAAACUCUCUCAAUAACAAUUUAUAUCUUAUUCAACCAGUACGUAAUUCCCAUGUAUAUAGACUAUCCUUACAAUUUUUGGGACCUGAUUCAAUCAAUGUUGUUACUUCUUGCAAGAGUUUGCUCUGCUGCUCCAAGGACGGAGCACCCACUUUGUUUUACAUUUGCAAUCCUGUCAUCAAAACAUGGAAAGAGCUUCCUCCUCCUGCUCAACUCAGACGAUAUGAUUUCAUUGGAUUGGCCUUCGAUGGCUCCACAAGGGUCUGCAUCUUAAUCAUUGGAAGAAGUCUAAUCGUCGGAGAGGAAAACAAAAUGGUGGUGGAGAUUUUUAAUUCACAGACCAAUGUCUGGACGAAGUUGCAGAUCAAUACAAGCAGAUCAGUUAACCCAUUCGGGGAAGGGGUGUACUCUAGAGGAAGGUUUUAUUGGCUCAACUCAACUUACCUUGGGCUGAAUCGAUGCAGGUUAGAUGUUGUAUCAUUAGAUGUAACAAAUAAGUAUUGGGAUGUUAUUAGACAUCCACAGUUAUCAGAUAGGUCACUUUCUCAAAUUUUUUAUCAUUGGCAGUUAACUGGGUAUGAUGGGAAGGUGGUUUUGGUAUACAAUAAGGACCUGCGAUUAUGGAGGUUGAAUGAAGGUGAUGGGGAUGAGAGAUGGUCAGAACUGCCAGAAUUGCCGAGAAGGCUGUGUGGAGAAGUUUCUCAUGCUGGGAUUGUGAAUGACUUUGGCAGCUUGAGAUGUGCACAAGUAGCGGUUAACAGCAGUGGAUGGAUUUGUGUGCACUUGCCUAGGAAUAAAAUGGUUGUGUUUGAUGGAGAGGGAAGAGUUAUGCAGAAUAUUGAAGGUAGACAGAUGGCCAUGUUUACCCAAACACGUCCAACAUCAGUCCGUGCUUUUGAGAUCAACAAUGUUUGGUGGCCUUAA